UAAUAUUCCAAAAUGCCUAUAUAUACACUGAACCCAAACUAUGAGGAAUCUCAAGCUACUAUUAACACCAUUAAAUUCCAAUCUCUAAUUGUACGGCUAAAAAAAAGAAAAAAAAUUAUAGUCAAAGUAAACAUAACUUCAUCCUUGUUACUGCUUGGUCUUUGGAGCUAAACAAUAAUGGAGGCAUGGCUAACAGAGCUUGAAAGGGAUGUAGAUCCAGUUUCAAGUUUGAUUAACAAUCCAUACCAUGAACAUGAACAAAUUGAAGCAAUGGAAGCAAGUUUUGAAGAACAAUUGGGUGCAACACUUGGUGAAGAUUUCCCAUAUCCUUAUAAUUAUAAGACCCAAAGAAGUUGUACUAAUGAUAAUACUAUUCCUCAAUGGGAUGAUUUUAUUGAUAGUAUUCCCAUUGAUCAAUACAUGGAAAUGCCUGCUAUGCAUCAUAGUAGCAGCACUGAGAGCCUUACAAAGAGUAGUAUUAUUACUAGUCCUUGCAAGAAAAAUAGUGUUCAAGAAGACCAACAAUUGGUGAACAAGGAAGAGACGAGUAGGCCCAAGAGAAAAAGGCAACCAAGCCAAGUUCAAGGUCAUAUCUUAGCUGAGAGAAAGCGUCGUGAGUUACUUAGCCAGAUGUUUAUUUCUCUAUCUGCCAUUAUUCCUGGCCUUAAGAAGAUGGACAAAACAUCAGUUUUAGGAGAGGCAAUAAAGUACAUGAAGCAACUUAAAGAGAAGGUAAAAACACUUGAAGAAAUGGCUGUAAAGAGGAAUGUGGAAUCAAUGGUGGUGGUUAAAAAAUCUCAAGUGAUUAUGGAUGAAAGCUCUGGUGAUGAUAAUAAUGAUUCUUCAUCCACUGUUGAUGACACAUGUGGGAGUGGAAACAGUGGAGAUAACCCUGAUAAUGGCAGGAACAAUGAAGAAGAUAAUAAUAAUAAUAAUAACAAUAAUAAUAAUAAUAAUAAUAAUAAAAAUGAUCCUCUUCCUGAAAUUGAAGUUAAGAUAUCUGGUCAAACCAUACUCUUGAGAAUCCAUUGUCAAAACCAGAAACGAAUUUUGACCACAAUUUUUGCUGAGUUGGACAAGCAUGAUAUCAACAUUACCAGUUGUAGUGUCAUACCAUUUGACACCUUAGCCCUAGACAUUACCAUUGUUGCACAGAUGGAAAUGGGCUUCAACAACAAUGUGACAGGUUUUGUUAGAAGUCUCUGCUCUUCCAUUCGUUCUGCUGGGCGUAAACAUAAUGCAUCAUGUCAAAUCCAUCAUUCCACAUGAGCAACAUUAGCCAUGUUGUAUUUCAUAUGUUCGUAGCACUAUUUAUGUAUUUUCUCACUUAUAAAAUUAUUAAUCUUUCAAUUUCUAAUAAUAAUGACCUAUGGAGUGUUUUUAGGUCAACUAUUAUGAAUUAGUAAUAAUAAUAAUAAUAAUAA